AUGGCUCAUUUGGAAGCACGAAAACACAUUUCGCCUGAUUCAGGCCAGCCCAUCACUCUUCAUCCUAACUUUAACAGCAGAAUCAGGGAUCAUGUACCUCCGGAUCCAAUUCGUGAGCCGAUCACCCCACCAAAAGACAGAGCCUUCUUUGCAGACCCCGAGAAGAAGGCUUUGUUUUCGACUGCAACCCGGGUAGAUCUGACUGAAUCUAUCGGUACUAUUCUGGAGAAUGUACAACUCUCUCAACUCAACGAGAAGCAGCUGGAUGAGCUGGCACUUUUGGUCAAUGAACGAGGCGUGGUCUUCUUCCGUGGUCAGGAUCUAACUACCGAGCAGCAAGUCCAUCUGUUCCAGCACUAUGGAAUAUUGGAUAAGCAUCCUGCUCAGAGAGAUCAAAAAUUCUUCACCAUUGGUGGAAGCGUUGAUGAUCAUCGAGAAAACCUGGGGUAUACACCUUGGCCAAGAGCAGACUUCCAUGCAGAUACAUCUUUCGAAAUCAACCCGCCAUCAUACUCUCUUUUGAGAAUGGAAGAGCAUCCCGAUGUUGGAGGUGAUACAGCCUGGGUCUCGCAAUAUGGUUUAUAUGAUGCCCUAAGUGGCGCAUAUCAACGAUUCCUCGAUGGUUUGCAUGCAGUGCACACUUCGAGACUACAGUAUGAUACCCUUCUUGAUCUGUGGGGCUCUGGUCCCAAUCGUCCUCCGAUCGAUACCCACCAUCCGGCUGUCAGAACCCAUCCUGUCACGAAGCUGAAGGCACUUAACGUCAACCCUGGGUUCGUAACUGGACUUGCAGAGCUCAAGAAAGUUGAAUCAGACAAGGUUCUUGAUUUCCUAGCAUACCACAUCCAUUCUGCCGAUGAUCACUAUGUUCGCUGGAAGUGGGCAGUCGGCAGUAUUGCGAUGUGGGACAACCGUUGCACUCUUCAUCGAGUUAUUCCGGGUAAAUACAACGGAGCACGUCGAGGAAUUCGAACAACCGUUUAUGGAGAAAAGCCAUAUUUCGAUCGCGAUAGUGAAAGUCGGGAAGAGCGCAAGGAGCGAGAAAGUCAAGAAAAAAAACCAACUGCGUAA